UUUUCUCGUUAAUGAUAAUAUUAUUGAACGUUUUAGUAAUACUUGCAUUUAAACGAUAUGCACAUCUAAGAAAGGUCAACAACUAUUUCAUAUUAAGUCUUGCCAUAACGGAUUUAAUAGUUGGAUUUAUAUCAGUUCCGUGUUAUGGUAUAUACUGUAUACUGGGAUACUGGCCGUUCGGAAGCUUGAUUUGUGAUAUAUUUCUAUUGCUCGACUAUGGAAUAUGUUAUGCAUCCGUCGCCAACUUACUCGUGAUUUCAUUUGAUAGGUUUUAUUCAAUAUCGAGUCCUAUGGCAUAUAGGUUGAGGAGAACUCCAUGUAACGCUAUUGUCAUGAUUAUGUUAGCUUGGAUCAUACCUUUCUCCGUGUGGGCUCCUGCAAUAUUUGCCGGGAGAUUUGCUGAAGGGAAACGAAUGAUUCCUAAUGGAAUAUGUUACGUCCCGCUGUUCUCGAACACAGUGUUUACUGUAUGCGCCAUGUUUUUAACGAUCUACAUACCAAUUGCCGCUAUGUUGGUGUUGUACAACAAAAUUUACAAGGUGAUAAAGAGCAGAAAACACCGGAACACUUUGUCUGACAAAAAAGCCGCUAAAAUGUUGUGCGUCAUUCUCAUCAUGUUCAUAGUUACAUUGUUUCCUUUCAGUGUGUUCACAAUCGUGUUCUCCGUAUGUGGAGAGUGUAUUCACCCGACAUUAAAUGCAUCUGGCUACUGGUUGUUCUACAUGAGCUCUGCCGCCAAUCCCGUGUGUUAUGCCACUUGCAACAGCAACUUUAGGGGAGCCUUUCUACAGAUUCUCAAAGUAAAAGAAUCCAGGGAUAUUUCUAACCAGCAUCGAGCAGCCUUGUGGACAAUUUAG